AUGAGCUACUUUUCUGAUCACGUCUCAAUUGACCCAGAUUUCUCUGUUUUAUUAGACUCUUCAUCCGCUUCAAAAGAUUCUCAAAACUCUAUUUGUUCAAAGAAAAGCAAUGGUUUAUCUGCUGCUAAAAUUGCCGGUAUCAUUAUUGGUUCUAUAGCUUUUGUAGCAAUUGUGAUUAUAUGCAUUGUAUAUCACAUACAAAAAACAAAAAAACAAAAAUUAUUUAUUUCAAAUAUGAAAUUAAAAAUGGGCGAUUUAAAUAAAUAA